UUUGCUGACAUGAAGGGGCUCUCGCUGACAGCUGUCCGCUUCUUCUCAAAGAUUGAGGAGGACCUCUGCGAUUUGCAGCACGCCCUGUCUGACCUCGCCUGCUUCCGCCCUCGGCUGCGGGACUCACGCCCAGAAGCGUGCAGGUACGUGCUGGACUUCCCACAGCCCGCCGCAGACUACAGGGCUUUCCGCAGCCGCCUACACGGCAGCCACGUCUGCCUGGAAAGCUGCCUGAUCCAGGACCGAGCCCUGUCAGGGACCGUGAAGGUCAGAAACAUUGCGUAUGAGAAGAAAGUGAUGGUCCGCAUCACCUUCGAUGGCUGGAAGAGCUUCCGGGACAUCUCCUGCCAGUACAUGCAUAGCACGUACGGCUCAGCUGACACAGAUACCUUCUCGUUUGAGAUUGCCCUGCCCAAGCCAUCUGUCUCCCGCAGGGCCACAGAGUUCUGCAUCUCCUUCCAGUGUGGACAGAAGACGCACUGGGACAACAACUAUGGGACGAACUACAAGAUCUGCCACGUGGGCAUGGUCCGCCCUCCAUCCCAUGCCGUGAAGAGUGCCAGCGGGGCUUGGGAGCAUCUUGGCACCUCCCGGGCCGCCACCCUGGUCCUGUCCCACCUGCAGACCUGGCGGCAGUCAGAGACCCCAGCUCCCUAUUGGUAG